ACAAGUUGCGGUGCGUUUUUUUGUGAGGUACCACUAAACAUCCAAUAAAACUGAAAUUGGCUACGAUUAAGUUUGGUGUCAUCAUCGAGUAGGCCAGUGACGCCAGUAAACAAGCUGUUGUAUCUUCGCUGUGCAGCGACUGCUUCGUGUGAAAGUGUUUUGUUAAAUGGCAGUGUCUGCUUUGAAUAUGUCACCGUACUUCACCGGAUAUCCUUUUCAAGGACAAGGUCGCGUGAAUCAAUUGGGCGGCGUGUUCAUCAAUGGUCGCCCUUUGCCGAAUCAUAUUCGCUUGAAGAUAGUCGAGAUGGCAUCCACUGGUAUUAGACCGUGUGUGAUUUCUCGACAGCUGAGAGUAUCCCACGGGUGUGUAUCAAAGAUUUUGAACCGCUACCAGGAAACUGGAAGUAUCAGACCGGGCGUAAUUGGGGGCAGCAAACCGCGCGUCGCCACCGUCGAAGUAGAAAAACGCAUUGAUCAAUUGAAGCAGAUGAAUCCUGGAAUUUUUGCAUGGGAAAUUCGGGAUAAGCUGGUUAAGGUAGGCAUUGAAGGAGCAUGCGACAAGAACUCGGCGCCGUCGGUCAGCUCCAUCGGACGCUUACUGCGCGGCGGUCGCAAGGAAGACUCGAUGGACCGCAAGAACCAUUCCAUCGACGGCAUUCUCGGCCCCGCAUCGUCCUGUGAUGAAGAAACCGACACUGAGUCGGAACCGGGUAUUCCCUUGAAGCGUAAACAACGUCGCAGCCGCACCACCUUCACUGGAGAGCAACUAGAAGCGCUUGAACGAGCUUUUGCCAGGAUGCAGUAUCCGGAUGUGUACACCCGCGAGGAAUUAGCGCAGAAAACAAAAUUAACUGAAGCGCGUGUGCAAGUGUGGUUCUCUAAUCGUCGUGCCCGUCUUCGUAAACAAGUCAACUCACAGCAAUUGAAUGCCUUCAACACCAUGUCCCUACAAUCUUUCCCAUCCGUGCAACAACACUACCCUGAGAAUGUUGGCUCGUUCAACCAGGCGUCUUGGGCGCAGCAGAGCUACACUUCUAGUGCACUUUCAUCCAGUCUCGCCACCUCCGCCUCAGCACACCAUACGUCACCCACCAACACACCAACACCGCAAGCCGCCACCAACCAGAGCCUAUCAAGCGUACCGUGUGUUCCGGGAGUCUCCAGUUCUCUGUACGCUUCAUACAACUCUAACCCUGCCGGAAUGGAACAAAACUUUGGUUAUCAGAUGACGCAAAUGAGCCCCAACCAGCAUAGCAUCUCACCGCCGGCAUCACAGACCGUCGCGUCCGUCGGCAGCGCACCGAACAGCGUCUGGGGCCAUCAUGGUGUCCAUUCCGCUGCCGGCAGCAUAAAACCGGAACAAAUUACUUCGGCAUGGCACGAGAAUUACAGUUUGUUCGCCGCUGGUGGCCAUUACGGUGCGCACUCGCCCACAGAAGCCAAGUCCGGAUAUCCUUACUUCGGUGCGAUGGAAAUGUGCACGAGUCGAGUGCAUUGAGCGUCGACGUCAACGCACAACACACACGCCUACACCCACACAUCCGCACACAUUGUACAUUUAAAGGCACACUAACUUAUUUUAAACGCUUCGCAGCGUUUGGGCAGAGUAAAUGAUUUAAAGUUUAAGCAAAUAUUUAUAUAUAGAUGUAGUUGUAUUUUGAUAGUUCUAUUGGUUCGCAAUGAUGGCGUGCGAAGGAGGGGCCUCGACAUGAA